GCUUUGUUUUUACUCUUCUCUUCGUUUGCGAGGUUCGAGUGUUGCCUGUUGUUGCGAUAGGCUUAGGCCCUCCUCGCUCUCGCUGGUAAACAGCUUGUUGUCUCCCCGGUUAAUGACGUAGUUUAAGACGCUGCGAUCGUUUAAAAACGAAACUAUCUUUCUUUUUUUCUUCUUUUUUAUUUUUUUAUGCGCGAAGAUCGAAGAUGGCGGCGGUUCGAGGAUGCGAUGUAGCCGUAAUUUCGUUACACUGGUGAUGGAUGAUUGGGUUUGCGGGAAAACGGAUCGGAAUAUUAAUGUCUGUGACAGACGGGGUGCGGCGGCCGUCUCGACAGUUCCCGAUGGACAAGUCCAGGCAGCAGGCGACCAUCCACAGGGUCCGGGAGCUCCAGCUGGCGGCCGUCCAGGUGGAAGACCACUACGACGUGCUCCGCGAGAUCGGCUCCGGAGACUACGGCAAGGUGGUUCUGGCCAGGCACCGCGAGACCGGCUCCCAGGUGGCGCUGAAGGCCGUCCCCAGGGCCACCACCACGCUGCGAGACUUCCUCAUCGAGUUCCACUACAGCUACUUCCUGUCUCCGCACAUGAGCAUCCUGGACACGUACGACGUGUGCUUCGAGACGCCCGAGCACUACUACUUCGCCCAAGAGGUGGCCCCCUACGGCGACUUGUGGCACGCGGUGGAGUACUACGGCGGCAUCGACGAGCGGGACCUCAAGAUCAUCUUGAGGCAGAUCAUUCCGGCCUUGGAGUUUAUGCACAGCAAGGAGCUGGUGCAUAGGGAUGUCCGCGCUGAGAACAUCCUCAUCUUCAGCAAGGACUUCACCAAGGUAAAGCUGACUGACUUCGGAUUAACCCGCAAGGCCGGGACCCUGGUCAAAAAGAGGACGAGGUCCCUGCCGACUUGUCCUCCAGAAAUCUGGGAAGCCGUGCACCUCGAGGGCUACUCCGUCGAACUGGGCUCCGACGUGUGGCAGAUCGGCAUGCUCAUCUUCUCCUCGCUGACGGCCAAGUUCCCCUGGGAGAAGGCGGACAUCACGGACUCGCGCUUCAACGAGUUCCUGGACUGGCAGAAGCGGAAGACCACAAGGACACCGCGGGAGUUUAAGAGGUUCACGCCGCGGUUGCUGCGGAUGAUGCGGAGGCUCAUGGAACCCAAGCCUUCCAAGAGGUACCCCGUGACCGAGGUGAACAAGUAUUACGGGGACAGAUGGCUCAUGGUCAGGUCUCCGAGGACGUCCAAGGUGUCCGAAGUCUGGGACACGGUGGCGCAGGAACAGCGGCUCGGCGAGGAGUUGAUGUCUUACAGCAACAGCAUGGAGCAAAGGAUUCACAAGUGGAUACUGUCCGGGAGCGACGAAGACGUCAAAGACAGUCAGUAGCUGUUGGAGUCGGAGGAUGACGUCACAAACCUGCUGGUUGGUUCAGCGCUGGGCUGCCUUAUGGUCAAGACGGGAUUGCACCGCGGUAACCCUAUGCAGGUUCAGCGAGAUUGUGUGUUCUAAAAGUUAGGCGUUUUGAGGCGCCAUCUAAUGAAGGUUUUGGAAAACAUUUGAACUUAAAUUUCGAGAGGACGGUGGCUUAUCUGUGCCUGUCGUAUGUAUUUUUUUCUUGUUGUUUGUUUGAGCCUAUUCUCGCAUUUUAUUUCUCAACGUGGAGAAGCGCUGCGCUUCGUUGAGACAAUAACAAAUGGUAGGCGUGAUGUCUCUUUGAGGCUUGUCUAAAUGGUAACAUGAAUCGUGGAUAGAUGCGUCUACUGUGUUUGAAAUGUUUUUGAUAUUUUCUGAAAUUGUUGUUUUUCCAAAGCACGAAUCGACAACGUCGAUGUAAAUAUAAAGUAAAUGCGCAUAUAUUUUAAUUCGGAAUGGAAUAUGCUAAAUUUCUGAUCUACUUAUAACAUUAAGAUUGACUUUAUGACCGUAAGAACUCGAUGAAGCAACAGGAGUAGCGCCCUAUGUUUCUUCAAGAUAUUACACCAGUGAACGAAAAUAAGUCAGCGCGCAGGCGAGUUGGUGGAAGUUUACCAUGAUGCCAAAUUAGUAACUAGGAGUAAACCUAGUUACACACCCUUAGAGCGGCAUAAAGGAGCGGGUAUAUUACCUCAAACUCCUCGAACGUACACGCAGUAAUAAAGAGGGAAUACCUUGCCUUCAGUAUCUUCACGGUUUUCAGAGCUGCAAUCUCGUCUUGUCCCGUCCGUAUUGCUGACGUGUCAGUUCCCACCGGUCAUAAUCAGCCAUCAGGAGUGGGUGCUGAUCGAAGCCAUUGGGCAUUGCCUGAUGGACUGAUGCAUCCGCAUUGAAUGGCCGAAAAGGCGUCGAUGAGUACGUAGAGACCGGCGCGUGUUGACGACUUACAGCCGAUUCGAGGAAGAUUGAUGUCUGAAGGAAUCGAUUCGAUGUGUCUGGGUUUUACCUUUGAUCAGUGAAUCUUUCUUUGAUCAGCGUAGGUUAAAGUGGUCACCAAACAAUGCUUUACGAGAACGUCUGAUUUUGUACGUGUAGGUGCGCCCAACCGGCUUAUAGUGUUGACCCGUGUGUUGUGCAGUGGUGUGGACGGGAGUCUCGCAUAACUGUUCGCAAAAGCUGAAUAUUUAGAGUCGGUCAUUACAGAGUGCACCAACGUUGACUUCCGGAACACGCAGCGUUGAAGUGCAACGUCAGCUUGAUGACCGCAAGGUUGGUUUCAUGAGCUCCAGCGUCACCUAUGCGGCCUGUGUCGGUUUUUGAGCAUCGGCUGACUCUGCAGAGACUUUGCCUUCAGCCCGAUCACUUACAUUCAGCCAGGGUAGAUACCGUCUGCGUUCAGCAUCGGAGUUCAGCCACUGUGUUCAGAAACUGCGUUUGGCAUCGGUGAUGAAUGAUUGGCGGCUGCGAUCGGCGUGCAACAAAACCGGCCUUCACCAAAGUUGCACUUCAAGUGACGAGCCCAAUGCGUCAGAGGGUGACUCCCGGGUCUUUUUUUCUUUUUACUUUUCAGUGUGACCUUGAAUGGAGAUGUAUUGUGGGAAAACUUUGAUAUACUUGGGAAUAUGACAUGGGGAUGGCUAUGAGAACGGUUUGAAGCGAUGCAAUUCAAACAAGUGUCAAGGAUCGCCUGGAGGAAUUAUUCAAUUUUGUUAUCACAGAAAUAAAUAGGGAAAAAUUGUGCUUUUGAAACAAACCAGAUCUUGUUAUAAAUAAAGGUAUCAUAAUUGAAGGUA